AUGCCAUUGACAGCCAAAGUGACGUCUCCGGCAUGGUCUGGGUUAUCGAAGAUGUCUACAGCGGCGACAGCGGACAUACCAAAAGAGCUUCCUGAAGAUGAACCCGACGAUGUCUUAUUCAACAGCCUUUUUGGUGUGCGCACGAUUGAGCUCAAUCGACCCAAGAAACUGAACGCUCUAAAUGGAUCGAUGGCAAGGAAGAUUGUGCCUAGGUUGAAGGAAUGGGAAAAAUCACAGCUUGCCAACAUUAUCAUCAUCAGCGGAGCUGGAUUGAAGGCCUUCUGUGCUGGUGGUGACGUUGCGGCUCUUGCUCAACAAGCUUCUGAAGGGCCGGAAGGCCAGAAGAAAUCUUCAGAUUACUUUGCUCUGGAAUACAGGCUCGAUCACCUCAUUGCUACGUACAGCAAGCCUUACAUUUCCAUCAUGGACGGCUUCACCAUGGGCGGGGGGGUGGGGCUCAGUGUACAUGCCCCUUUCCGGAUCGCGACUGAACGAACCGUCUUUGCCAUGCCCGAAACGACCAUUGGUUUCUUCCCCGAUGUUGGGGGAUCUUUCUUCUUGCCACGUCUUGAUGGCGAACUGGGAACCUACUUGGCAUUGACAUCCGAACGGCUCUCUGGAGUGCAAACUCUUUACGCCGGCAUCGCUACCCACUAUUUCCAUUCUAGUGUUCUCGCCAACCUAACCGGACGACUUUCUGAGCUUGUUUUCAAGGACACCGCUAGCCUAGGCGAGCGCCUCGACUUGGUCAACAGCACCAUUUCCGAAUUCUCCACCGGUCUUCCUUCACUAGAAGAGGAGCCAAUUUUCCCUUCAGGUAGCCUCCGCGAAUCCAUUGACCGUUGCUUCUCCGCAAAUACCGUGGAAGAGAUUAUAAGCAGACUCCAAGAGGAGAAAACAAACAGGGAAUGGGCCCAAAAAACACUGAAAACACUUGCUUCCCGCUCUCCAACCUCUCUAAAAGUGACUCUCCGCCAGCUUCGCAUUGGCCGUACAUGGUCUAUCGCUGAAACAUUCCAACGUGAACAGAAGAUCGCGGCCAAAUUCAUGGCUCAUCCCGACUUCGUUGAGGGUGUCACUGCUCGUUUGGUCAAUAAACCGCCCACGGAGCCGGUCUGGAAACCUUCUGAGUUACAUGAGGUCACUGAUGAGGAUGUUGAUGAAUUUUUCCGCAUUGAUCCCGGCGAAUCGAGAAUGACACUCCUGAACCCCGAUACGGACUACAAGGUGUAUCCGCAUAAGCGGUUCGCCCUCCCCAGCGAGAAGGAGAUCAUCGAAUAUGCGCGCAGCAACUGGAGGUCACCCAAGGCUGUCGACGAGUUUGUUCGUCAGUGUGGGUAUAAGGAUGGUGUGCGGGCGAAGUAUCUGGAGGUGGUGGAGAGAAAGAAGGAAGAGGUGUGCAAUUCAAAAUGA